AUGGCUAGCACUCCCUUGCGCCAACAACUUAGCAUCAUGAGGCAAUCAUUGUUUGACGAGGGACUUCUGGAUCAAGGACAAGUGAGUUAUCUUGAGACUCUUGAAAAUGAAGAUGAUCCUGACUUCAUUGAAAAUGUUUUUACCAUGUUUUUAAGGGAUUCAUCUAGAUAUAUUGCUUCUAUCGAGAAGGCUUUGGAGACAACCCCAGUUGAUCGUCUCGUCAUGGAAAGAAUGAUGUAUCGACUUAAGGGUAGCAGUGCUAGCAUUGGCGCUUCAAAAAUCAAUGAUGAGAACAAUAAACUCAGAAAACUUUUCCAUGAAGGGGAUUUGGAAAGUGGCAAGGCAGCUCUCCAGAAACUAAAGGCAGAACAUGUCAAUUUCAAGCAAAAACUUUCUGUUUAUGUCGGGAUGUUGAAGCAAGCCAAGCUCUCUGAAUAUUGA